AUAAUGGCGGCGCCUACGCUAGUCUCCCAUAAUCGCAGGUGCUUCCUCGGUUUUUGAUAACGCGUUUUUCCCGGGCCCCUCUUACUUGCGCCCCGAGCUCGCGGAUCUACAGCCAUGACUUCCCUAUCGCCCAACUGCGAGCUCGAAGAGGGCGAAAUAAGCGACGAUCCCGAAGAGUUGGGCGACUACGAUGCGAGGACCGCCCUGGUACCUAGGCCUCCGGCCAAGCCAUUCGGCAUCGAGACGUCGUCUUCGUCGUCUCGCACGACGCCGCCCCAUCCGCACAAGUGUCGGCACCGAGUCAACAACUCGACGCCUCGCUACUACAAGAAACCCCUGUCAGUCUUCAACCCGCCCGGCGGUCACUACGACCGCAACAGCGGGGGUCACUCGCGUCCUCCCAUCGGCGGCGGCCUGCGGUCGGCCGUGCUCUGUCGACCUCCCCCUCCAAGUCGGGGCUGUGCGUCUCUACCGUCUUUCGUGGCGUCGCACGACUCAUCCGGCAGGACUAGCGGCGAUGAUCGGUGCGGAGGGCGUAGGUCCACGUCGCACCUCGACCAUUACUCGUGGUUCCGCCGGCCUUCUUCCUCGUCGGGCCACUCCAGUCGGGACCACCUCGAGAGCUCGACGACGUCUUCUUCUUCUUCUUCCCACGGGCGCUUCCAGACACCGUCUUCGCAGCGGUCGCGACCCGAACGAAGCCCGCCACCGCCCGCUUCCCACUCUGGGAGUGCGAGGAAAAACCAAUCCCAACCCAAGUUUCUGCAGAAUUCCGUCGUCAAUGACCCAUCGUACGAGGAUUUGCUCGCCCAGUACAAGAGUAUUCAGCAUCAACUCGAGGAUCUCAACAAGAGCAGUUUAGAGGAGCACCACCCAACCAACACGACGACCCAUGAAAAGUCUUCCAAGUCGGGUGAGCGCAGAAAAAAGACCCACAAGGCAAAGUGCAGGAAAGCUCGAAAGAGCCUGUCGGAGGACAAGCCAAGGGGAGUGCUCGGUGGAGAAGGGAAGGAGCAAGUCCCACCGCUGUCAGCAAUUCCAGUCAUCUGCGACGGAAACAUCGAGUGCCGCUCGUUGCCGGUCUCACCCUGUCCGCCGACACCUCCUGCGCCUCUUCCGCAGGCCAGCGACAUCAGCGAUGACGAGGAGACAGAUCUCAUGGAGCUGCGACGCAAGGCUCUGGAAACGCUCAGAAGUACGAAGCCACCAUCUGAAGUACAAGAAGCGAAAAAUGAAGCCCCUCCAGACGAGUCUGACAAUGCAUCGGUGCUUCCGCUGGAGGUGUUGCCUUCCGACUUGCUGGAGACGGAGCGUCCCAUACAAGAAGUUCAAGAAAAACAGCAGCUGAAGAAAGGCCACCGGCACCCCUGGUACGACCGGGAGCUGACGCAGCAGAUGCGGCGCAAGGACCGUGCCUACCACAAGUGGAAGCGCCACCCAUGCUACGACAACUGGGAGGCCUUCAAGGCCAUCAAGCGCGUCUACCUGCGCAUGCUGAAGCGCAAGCGGGCUGCCUACGCGCAAGCCAACGGGGGCGAAGAAGACUCGGCCGCCAAGGGUGCUGCUGAGGCUGCUGGGGCGGAUUCCUCGCUGCCCAUUGACGACGACACCACGGUACCCAUGCUACCUCUCGAUAGCAUUCCAUUGCCAAACGGGCAGCUCAGCGUUGACAACUACGAACCGGUCGAGAUGGAGGUGGACAGUGACGAUGGGACGCAGACAUGCACUCUAGGUAUUGUGGCCAUCUCGUUGCUUUGCCUGUUCAUCUGCAGGAGUUUACGGUGCAUGGCUGUGUAG